AUGGAGGACGGCGGCCGAAGUGCACACGCAAGGGCCGGAGCGGCGGCAGCGAAGAAGAAGAAAGAGAAGAAGGACGCCAACAUGUCGCGGGAACAGCCACGCCAUCCGGUCCCUUUUGCUCAGAUCCCCGGCCUCACCGACGCGCUGCGCGAGCGCCUCGAGGCACUUGGCGCAACAGAGCCGUCAUUCAUGAUCGGAAAGUCUCUGGCGCGCUUGCUCUUCUCAUGUAAGCGCGAGUCGCCGUCGCAGGUUACCAGCGUCUUCACCGAGACGGAGAUGGAGUUCGUCGAGGACAAGACCGGGCUGCUCGUCACCGCGUUCGACCGUGCCGGCCGGAGCUACAACCUCACGUGCAAGUACCUCGUGUCGAACUCCGGCUGCCGCUUCAUCACCGGAUGGAAGGCGUAUGUCAACGACAACGGCCUGGGCGUGGCCAUGCACGUCGAGCUAUGGUCGUUCCGGUCUCGGAAACUGCACAAUCGAUACGAGCUGCGCCAAGGAAAGAAUGGAAAGGAGAAGAAGGUCCCCGUCAUGGUGGAGAGUGGUCGCCCUGAUGGCUCCUUGGGCCUGGUCCUGCUGCAAUAUGAGAACAACCUGCUGGAGCCGGAACAAGCCGCUGACGACGAACCCGACGAGGCGCCGCCGGUCCAGGAGACGGAGACAGGGCACAUGAGUCCAAGACGGCGACGACCGCAGAGGAUAAGCUAG